AUGGCAAACGGAGGGGACCAGUUCGGCCUUGCAGAGCGCCCGGACUCGGACUGCAUGGAUUCUCCUAAAGACACCAAGCAGGAAAAUCACAGCUUCACUUUAAACCCACCAUCUUCACCGCAGACUGCCUCCAGUCAGCAGCAGGGGAUGGAGGGAAUCAAGGUGUUCCUUCAUGACAGAGAGCUUUGGACGAAGUUUGAUGAAGUGGGAACUGAAAUGAUCAUCACCAAAGCGGGAAGGAGGAUGUUUCCCAGCUAUAAGGUGAAGGUCACAGGACUCAACCCCAAAACCAAGUACAUCCUCUUGAUGGACAUCGUCCCUGGAGAUGACCAUCGCUACAAAUUCGCAGACAAUAAAUGGUCGAUAACGGGAAAGGCAGAGCCUGCCAUGCCCGGGAGGCUCUACGUUCACCCGGACUCUCCCGCCACCGGGGCGCACUGGAGCCGUCAGCUCGUCUCAUUUCAGAAGCUCAAACUCACAAACAACCACCUGGACCCCUUCGGACACAUAAUACUCAACUCCAUGCACAAAUACCAGCCUCGUCUCCACAUUGUCAAGGCGGACGAAAACAACGGGUUCGGCUCAAAAAACACUGCUUUCUGUACCCAUGUCUUCUCUGAGACCGCCUUCAUCGCAGUGACGUCCUAUCAGAACCACAAGAUCACUCAACUGAAGAUUGAGAAUAAUCCCUUUGCUAAGGGGUUCAGAGGCAGCGACGACAAUGAGCUGCACCGCAUGGCCAAGCUGCAAGGUAAGGAUUACCCAGUGGUCCCUCGCAGCACCGUCCGUCAGAGGGCCUGUCCCACUGGGAGUCCCUUCAGUGGAGAAGGUCGCGGUCUGCGAGGCUCUCCCGAGGCCGUUGGGUCACCCUACAGUUGCGAGAGCGGCCUGAACGGCAGCAGCCCCCAGGAGCUCCUGAGCGCCCCGCCUGCACACUACAGCCUGCCUCACCCGCACCUGCAGCCCGGCCAUCAACCCCAGGUUUACCACUGCCCCAAGAGGAAAGUCGAGGAGAAUUGCUCUGCAGGAAGUCACCCUCACCCGUACAAGAAACAUUUCACUGGUGGCUCACCAUGUGAGGGCGAAUCUUACUACCACCCCUCCUCCUUCCCUCCCCCUCCGCCCAGUCUCUCCAGCAACCCUGCCCUGGGCCUCACCAACUCCCCCUACAGCUCAGACUUGGGAGAGCGUCAGGCGUGCAUGUUUGCGAGCUCCGAGCCCAGAAUGGACGAACUGAACUGCGCCCCGUGGUCAUACACCUGUCCACUCCCCGCCGCGAUGACCCCUAUGGAGCCGUACCCGCCCUAUACCCCUCACCCCACCUACAGCUCCAGCCCCCAGGGAUCCCGACUCAGUGCGAUAGCCCACCAGAGCUCCCCACCUCUGGGGGAACACAUCGGCCAAGAUUCCUACCCGAGCCAGAGCUCUGGACCCCCGUCCCAGAGCUCUCAAAACGUUCACAGCAGACCGCUCAGCUCUCCUCUCAGAGAGUACCCUCGCUACACGCCCAAUCUGUCCCCUCCGCUGUACCACACGUUAGAGACGCACACGCACAUCAGGUGUGGAGUGCCAGAGUGGAGCGCUGCGUCCUAAGCAGACAAGCUGGAUACCUGAC